GAUGAUCGGGCAUGCGCGCGCGUCUAGAGAGUCGGGAAGAGGGAGAGGGUAAAGGGAGGGUAAUGGUAGAGGAAACAACGAUAAAGACUGACGUAAUCUGCACGCGCAUCGUGAGAAUUCAUCCGCGUACAUCGGGAGUGUGUUAGACAGUCAGGCAUACAUACGCCAAGACGCCACAGCCAGGCUAAGGUCGACUAGGUCAAGCAGCCCUCGCACAGCAGAGGAUUGUGGAGGGAGAGAGGGGGAAGGAGGAGGAAGAGAGAGAGAAAAAGAACGAGAGAGAGAUGGCGGAUUCCAAGAGGUGGCCUGCAGAGGCAGAGGGGAUCAUAACUUCACUUGCCAACAGCACUGACUUCAAGUUCCGCUUUUGUUGAAGUUGUAGACGUUGUGCCAGCAGGUGCUGGUGUUGUUCUGAUGCUGAUGUCGUCGUUCCCGGCUGUCAGACAGGGGUGAGACAAGUGUUUUCAGGUCUGCUGCACAGAAGAUGGCCGAAAGACGGGACCCUCAAGCUAACCACCAGCAGUCUGAAGACAACGCUGACAAUGAUACGAGAGAGGCGCGAAAGACGACACCACCGCCGUCGUCGACAGCAAAAUCAGAUAGCAGCAAGCCGGCCAUCCUGCAAGAGGAGAACCUGAUGCAGCUGCUGGCCGAUGCCAUCACCUACAGGUCAUCACUGUCCGACAUCUCCAUCGUUCUCAAAUGCGGAGCAAAGGUCAACGCUUCCGUCAAGCGCGGACUGCGGCCGCUUCACUACGCCGUGUACGCCGACUACGUGGAGUGCGUGCGGCUGCUCAUCGACCAAGGCGCUGACGUCAACAUCACCGACGACAUCGGCUACACUCCCAUCCACCUCUGCGCGCGGAAAGGCAACAUCGCGUCGAUGAAGAUCCUCAUCGAGCACGGCGCGCGGGUGGACUUCUUCACGGGCGACGAGGACGUCGAUGAGAACAGCAAGGCGCUGGGUUAUCUCACCAUCGAGCCGCUCAACCUCGCCAUCGAGAACAACCACGUCGACUGCUUAAGGUUACUGCUGGAGAGCGGGGCGCGACCUGACCACAGAUAUUUCAUGGGUUAUGAGAUCAACCUCGUGCCGUUAGAACACCUCGAGUGUCUGGAGAUCCUCCUCCAGUACGGCGCCGACCCCAACGUAUUUAACAGGUGCGGAAUGACGCCCCUCAUGAAGGCCUGCAGGCAGCAGAAGUUGCAGGCGGCCCGCCUGUUGCUGACGUACGGCGCACUGGUGGACCUGCAGAGCCCCCCGCGCUUCGAGCAGAAGACAGCCUUGCAUUACGCCGUAACCAGCGGCAACCUGGCCGUGGUGCACGUGCUGCUACGUCACGGCGCCUCGCCAGCUCGCCCACCCGACUACAAGUAUGCAGCACUGCAUGCCGCCGUCCUCUGUGACAGACCCGACAUCUGCGAGAUGCUCAUCAGGUGGGGCGCCCAGGUGGACGAGGUGACGGACGAGUGCACCACCCCGCUCAUGCUGGCUUGCGGGACGCGCGGCCUGUGCCGCCAGGUGGAGCUCGUGCAGCUGCUGCUGGACAAAGGCGCCGACCCCAACGCCCACUCCGAGUUCGUCACCUACACCGCCCCAUACCUGUCCGCCCUCCCCGAGUACCUGCGCACCAUCACUGCCGACGCUGACCAGAAGGUGGUUCACCUGUUGCUGCAGCAUGGCGCCAGGGUUCACUUCAGAGUCUCGGCGUCUCACAUCCGCGUCACGGACCCUUUCGGAAUCCUGAGCUACGUACAGUACAUCAGAAACAACGACAACAUCUUCGAACUCCUCGCGCAGGCCGGAGCUCUCUUCGACGUCGACGCCAUCCGCUCCAGCAACUCGCUGACAUCCUGGCAGAAGCAGGUACUCCUGAGGCUGGCAGCGAACCCCAGAGAACUGAAACAUUUGGUGCGGCUAAAGCUCCACACCAUUCUGCGCCCAAACUUCCCACACCUGGUGGAAGCUCUGCCUCUCCCUGCUAUCAUGCGGAAUUUCCUCGUCUAUCACUGAGAGACUACCGAGGCCCGGUGUCGGAGAUAUUUUUUCUCUGUUUAUUUACCUUUGAACCCGAUCAGAUGCAAAUUUUCAUGCCGCGGAAGGGUUGUCCGUCGUGGAGGGGAAAUGCAUCCAGAAUACUUUCAAACAGUCGGUUAUUUUUCACUGGGGAUGUGCAUUGCCUCGUCCGCUUUCAUUCCGCUGGCGCUCAGAAUGUGAGCUGGGCAGUGCCUGGGUCAGUGGGUGAGACUGGAUGACUUGAAGGAACCUGAUCCACGUAUAAAAUAUUUUCUGUUCUACAAGUUUCUCACAGUCGUGCCAACCUUUGCGACAUCACAUGUUUACCAUUUAAUAAAGUAAUUUUAGCGACUGUGAUAUUUGUGUUCUGCUUGGGCAACGCGCCGAGCCUUUUGCGGAUCUUCCUGACAUUUAGCGAUGACAGUGAUGAUGGUGAUGAUGAUGAUGAUGAUGAUGAUCCUAGCCCAAACAUUUACAGUUAAACAUUAAAAAUAUCUGAAAACAUAAAAAGGAAAUUGCUUUCUUUAUUAAACGAUGUGAUCCAGAGACACUAUAACAAUUAUAUUAGUAAUAUAAUAAAGUUCGUAAGGGUUAAAAACGUGGACUAUUUUGGUGAAGAUUUAUAUUGCUUUUAAAUGGAUUCUUUACAAGAUGCAUUCAUGUAAAUAAAAAAUAAUGUGCAAAUUGAAUUUGAACCAACUCCAAGUGCCGCAUUUACUUG